AUGGAUUGUUUGUUGUUAGGUUUCCUAGAGAUGUGCAGUGUACAUCUAAUAAUACACCAUGGGGGGAAUUUUGUUAAAGGGUCAGAAUUACAGUACAUAAAUGGAGAUGUUGUGAAUGUUGAUAUAGACUCAGAUUUGCUUUCCUACCCACACUUAGUGAAGUUCAUAAAAGAAGGGCAGUAUGGAAAAAUAGAGACACUCUAUUAUAAAGCAGUCUAUGAGCCAUUGGAUAAACUAAGAGUUUUGUGGAAUGAUGCAACUGUGCUAGACCUCACUGCACUAGCAAUUAGAUUUAAGUCAUGUGAUAUAUAUGUAGAUCAUGGAAUAGAUGAAGCUGAUUUAAUCCCAAGCUAUUUGUUACUUGGGUGUGAAGGGAAUGAUGAGGUUAAUGAGGAAACAAAUGAGGGAGAUUGUAAUGUAGGUGAAGGGGAUGAUGAAGGGAAUUGGGAUGGGAAUGAUGAAGGGAAUUGGGAUGGGAAUGAUGAAGGGAAUGAAGGUGAUGAAGAAGACAAUGAUUCUGAUGAAGAAGACAAUCAACACACUGAUUUUGAUAAUGAUAUUGGAGGAGUUACACAAGAAGAUGGUAUACACAUUAAUGUGAAUUUGCAGUAUGACGAGGAAAAUGAUUGUACUGUUAAGUGUAAGGGAAAGGGAAAGGGAAACGGCAAGGUUAAGACCACCAAGGCUAAGGACAUUGAAGUGAGCCUAGAGGGGAGUAAACAGAAAAAAACUGAGGGUGAGGCAUGUAGUGAUGACUAUUAUUAUGACUCAGCAGACCCACCAACCCAGGAGUCAGAAGAAGAAGAAGUUACACAACAUAAAACACCUCCAUCUAAUAAAUUUAGGCUGCCCUCUUAUAAUCCAGAAUGUGAUUUCCCUGAGCUUGAAAAAGGGAUGUUAUUUGAGGAUGUAACACAGUUUAAGGCUGCUAUGAUCAAGUAUGCAGUGCACUUUAAAAGGGAUGUAUACUUUUACAAAAAUGAGAGUAUGAGGGAUGCAAAAGCUAAAGAGGAUUUGGCCAACUAUCCUGCAAAGUUUUGGUGCAAAGCUUUUAUGAGAACUGAAGUGAAAUGUGAUUCAGUAGAUAACAACAUGUGUGAAGCAUUUAAUGGAACAAUUGUUAAGGCAAGGAGCAAACCAAUAGUGAAGAUGUUGGAAGAUAUAAGGGUAGCUACUAUGACAAGGAUUGCAAGGUGUAGAAAAGUGGUAGACAAAUGGCCUGGUAACUUUGGACCUAGGAUAAUGAAAAAACUCAAUGAGAACAUAGUGGAAAGUAUAGGUUGGCAUGUGGAUUUCAACGGGGAUGAUGGCUAUGAGAUCAAGAAGGGAAGACAACAAUUCAAAGUGAAGCUAAAAGGGAAAAGUUGUUCUUGUAGAUCUUGGGACCUCACAGGCAAAGAUCCAGAACAAUACAUAGAUGACUGCUACUCCAAUGAAGUGUACAAGAAGAUCUAUAGCCACACUAUCCAACCACUCAAUGGUGAAAUCAGCUGGCCUAGGACUAAUAGUGAAGAAAUAUUAGCCCCUAAACCCAGGCCAAUGACUGGGACAUCAAAAGAAAGUUUGUCCUGCAAAGAGUUCAAUGCCAGCUGCUGCCCCAUCAUCUGUUGUUGCCUCAUCAUCUAUUGUUGCCUCAACUCCAAUGCUAGCUGA